GAGACCAGAUAUAUACUGAAUGCGGGGUCCAGGGAGACCAGAUAUAGCGAAUGCGGGGUCCAGGGAGACCAGAUAUAGCGAAUGCGGGGUCCGGGAAGACCAGAUAUAGCGAAUGCGGGGUCCGGGGAGACCAGAUAUAGCGAAUGCGGGGUCCGGGGAGACCAGAUAUAGCGAAUGCGGGGUCCGGGGAGACCAGAUAUAGCGAAUGCGGCGGGGUCGCGGGGAGACCAGAUAUAGCGAAUGCGGGGUCCGGGGAGACCAGAUAUAACGAAUGCAGGGUCCGGGGAGACCAGAUAUAGCGAAUGCAGGGUUCAGGAUUUACAGGUGUCAGUGCAAGCAUGUUGACACCCCAAACGCAUAUUGCAAAUGCAGUG